AUGCCCUUCCGCCCAAUCCCGCCGGCUCAGCAACCCUCCAUCCUCUCCCCUCGCUCACACCCGUCCGCGUCCGUCCCGACUCUCCGUCUACCGACUGCUCCGCCUGUACCGCCAAAACCGCUGUACCUAUCCACUGCUCGGCGGAUCAGGGGUGCCGAGGCGGAUGAGGACGGGAGGAGUGAGGGAAGGGUGCGAGGAGGGAAGAGGGGAGCGUUGCCGGAUCGCUGGAGCGUCGUGACUGCUUAUGACGACUCAAGAGUGUCUGUGGAGCUUGGGGGAGGAUGCAGGACGCGAGAAGCGGAUGAGAAGGAGGAUAAGCGAGCUGCAGUGAGUGGAGAGUCUGAUGCGGAUGAGGGGACAAUCAGGUUUGCAAAGAGCGUCGACGCGGUGGACAAGAGUCAUGGCGAGGGCGGAGCGGCAACGACGGAUGCCCCAGCCAAGUCAACGCUCGCUGCGCUCUUCGAUCGUCCCGAGGAACCCGCAUCACCGACACCCUCACUUCCUCGACCGCGUUCGCCGUCGACCACCUCGACAGACUCCCAGCAAACCGAAGCGUUCCGCACACCCGUGGGGAAACUGCGAGCGGGAUCGACGAUCAAGGUGCGCGCACAAGACGGGCGGCAGAGCAUCUACUUCGACCCGUCCUCGACGAACCCGUUCCUCCCUUCCUCGGCGACGAUUCUCCCAGACCCUCUGUCCGACAACACUGCACCGCCAGCGACCGAGGUUUCGGACGUCGACGUCGUCUUACCCUCCAACUUUCCUCUCCUCCCGAUCCCGUCGUCCACGUCGCCUGCCAUCGCCCUUCACGCUUUCACCGGCCAAGCUGAGUUUGGCGAGCUCUCGUUUCUCCGAGGCGAGCAUCUGCUCAUCGAGAUCGAGGAUGUUGGCGGUGGAUGGAGUCUCGGGUUCGUUGAGAGCAAGGGGGAGGCGAAGAGAGGGUUGGUGCCGAGGGGAUGGUACGCCUACGUCGAUGGUCAAAACGCUCCUCCUCCUCUCGACUCCGAACUCUCGUACAACACCGUUCAAGAGAGCGCUCGGUUUCGCCCGGCCUCUAACACCAUCACCUCCGCUAGUUCGACUGCGGGAGAAACAGCUGGUUGUGGCUCGCUUGACGUCGACUCGCCCGAACCGUAUGCGACUCGCUCGAUCGGCCGUCAUGUCGUCGUGAGCGGCACCGAGUUCGAGCCUACUUGGGUCGCAGCUGGCGACAAGAUAGGCGUGGUUGAGGCGGAUGUGGAAGUGGCAAGCGACUUGAGCGUUGCGCCUGAGAUGGAGGUCGAGAAGGUGCAGGUACCACUUGACGACGAGGACCCCAUGAAGCGAGGCCACGUCAACGAGGUGCUGAACGCCACUGCCGACGCCAUCAGCUCCCCGCAAGUCAACGCCGCUGCGAUGCUCGACGAAAUGGCGGCACCAAUUCGCUCUCGACCUCCCGCUGUACCUGCCCCCUUCACCCAGUCCUUCCUCUUCCGCAUCGGCCUUGCACCAUUCUUCGACACCUCAACCUCAUCCUCGACCCUCUCGCGCUUUCUCCCUGCUCUCGGACGGACUCCCAUACCCGGUGCAUCAAUUCUUGCCGCAACCUCCGCCUCCUCAUCGCUUGCAGCCGCCUCAGUGCCAACGAAGCCGCGCCUACCGCGUCUCGAGACGCACCGAGCCUCGAAACUGCCCGACGGCAGGACGCUUCUGUUGCAUUGGGUUGAGGAGGGCGACGAGCUCGACGAGGUGGGUGAUUACGGCGAGCAUGGCGAGGGCUCCGUUCAGUGCUUCGACAUCGACUCCGGGCCUGCUUGGAGGAUGCGCGGCACGGAGGAGGCCGGUGGACGUGCCGAGGUCUUCGUCACCGAUCCCAAGAAGUGCUCGCCGCUCAACGAGUCGCCCUUCGUCGUCUACACCGUCACUACGUCUUUCCCGACCGUCGCAGCCGAGGCCGAUGACGACGCGACCCCACCGCAGACUCUCUGCGUCGAGCGACGAUAUUCGCACUUUGCCGCCCUCCACACCCUCCUCGUCUCUCGCUUCCUCGCGCCGCUCAUUUACGUCCCGCCUCUUCCGCCAAAAGGCCCUCUUGCUUUCGGCGCAGCACGGUUCGAUCCCGCCCUUCUCGAGCGGAGGAGGAAGGAGCUUGAGCGCUGGUUGAGGCGUUGCUUGGGGCACCCGGUCCUCGGCGAGAGCGAGGAGAUGAAGAGCUUCCUUGCAACUGAGGGCGAGAAGGAACUCUCGGCGCACCUUCUCAUGUCGACACCUCGUCCGCCUCCGCCUCUCCAGCCUCUCUUUCCGACUCGCGUCUUUCAUCCAGCGUUCAACAUCGAUCUCUCCGAAGCAGAAGACGUCUGCGACCGCUUUGAGCGGCAUUGCAAGGCGGUCGAGCUGGGCGGUGGGGUGCGCAUAGUAGCGGAGGCUGUCAGGAUGGCGCGGGAGCAGGAACAAGCUGCCGCCGCUACGCUGCAGCAGCUUGCGCAUGCGCUUGUCCAGCUCGCCUCCGGCUCAGCCCUGCCUCCCACGGCGAUCCCGAGCCUAGCUACUGGAGAAGCGGGCUCAAUAAACGAACCAAGGACGCGAGCGAAGAGCUGGUCUUUGCAGAACGAAGCAGGCGCGUUGAGCUGGAAGGAGGACGACGAGCCCGCCCUCGGCGUCUCGAAAGCUGUACAAGCAGCGGGAGAAGCAUGCGCGAACAUUGCAGACCUGGGGGACACGACGGCGAGAACCGGCUUGGUCGACGUCGAGGAACAGCUGUUGUCAGUCUGCGCACCGUUUUCGCAAUACGCUCCCCUCAUCGAGCUACACCGCUCGCUCAUCUCGAACUACCGCCGCCUCGCCCGCCUGUCCGGCAUCAACCCGUCCAUCUCUGACCAACUCGCGCGCUGCGAGACGGCUUUAAACAUCACAGCAGCAGAGAUGGACAGGAUCCGGCUAGAACGUAGGGAGGACUUGGCGGAAGCGAUGAGAGGGUGGCUCGAGACGAAGAUCUCGGUUCACGGGCAGGCGCUCGACCACCUUCGCUUCGCGCUCGACCAUUUCUCGCCUGCCUCGCUCGCCGACCUCGCCCUCACCGGCCCCCGCCUUCGCUCGCGGCUUGACACCGCCGAUGGACCCCUCGCGUAUCCGCCGCUGCCCCGGGCCUGUGUCUAUGAGCGUAACUUGGGAAGCAGUGCAUGGAGAUGA